AUGCCCUCCUCCCAGCGACCUUUCUUCCUCUCCUCCUUCAUCGCGGCCUUCCGUCCCCAAGGCCCCUCACUACAGUCCACAGCCGCAUCCACAUCCUCGCAACAACCGACAAAACACACGACGACGACCGCCGCCGCAGCGUCGCACGCGAACACACCUGCGUCAUCGCCGGCGGCGCGGUCGUAUUCCACCACCACGCACCACAACCAGCAACAGCCCUCGCGACCUCUACCCAUCCAGCAGCAACCGAGUCGCCGACGUGGCAGCGACUCGAGUAGCGAGGGUUUCAGAGAUGCACUAGGGGCCGACAAGUGGUACAUUGGCGGCAAGACCGCGGGCGGGGAGGAAAAGUUCUUUAAAAUGGGUGUCAUCAAGAGGGUCAGGAGCAACGACGGGCUGAGUCUCGACAGACUUAGUCUCUAA